AUGAUUCUUAUGGAUGACAAGGGUCAUAAGAUUCACGCUUCGGUAAGAAAGACUCUUAUAUACCGAUUUCAAUCUUUGCUGAGUGAAGGUCGGGUAUAUCAGAUUUCAUUUUUUGGUGUUGGUGAAAGCGGUCGUGACUUCCGUCCAACCUCGCAUCCAUGGAAAAUCAACUUUGACAUUCAUACUUCUGUGAGAUUGGUUCCCAACAAGGCGAUAAACUUAAGCCCUUAUUCUUUUGUGCCACUCUCUGAUAUAAUUUCUAAGGACCUUGAUACAUCUUUUCUUAUAGAUGUAAUUGAGAUUCCCACUGGUGCAACUGGUGAGCAAGAAUUUGAGAAAGACGGGGAAAAACAUAAGAGAAUUACUAUUCAACUUGACCAAGAUGGGGAUAGGGUUGAAUGUGCCUUUUUUGGCAAGUAUGUUGCGGAAAUCGUAGGUUAUCUUGCAUCGGGAGAUGCAACAAAUACUGUUGUGGUGGUGCAAUGUGCAAAGAUCAAGCCCUUUAAAGGUAAGACAAGUCUCCAAAAUGUUUAUGGGGCUACAAAGGUUCUUUUUAAUCCUCUCAUACAAGAAGCUGCCCCUCUCCGAGCUCGGUUCUUGGAAUCAAAUGAUACUGCUGCACAAGUGAUUAGCCCGCUGCAGGACUCGGCAAAAAAAUCUACCCCUGAAGAUGAUUUCCUAAAACUUAGUGAUGGAAAAACCAUUGAGCAACUCAAAGAUUUUGGUGAGAAGAAGUCCUAUUGUGUUGUUCUUGGUACGGUUAAGUAUAUCGCAGAGGGUAUGGAUUGGUAUUACCCUGCUUGCAAAUAUGAGUUGAAUUAUAAUAUGGAUGAAAUGGUAAAGAUUCAUGAUGAAUUGGUCAGUUCUCUUACUUCGGAGCAAGAGAUUGUUUAUAAGAACGUUUUGGAUGUUGUUUUGUCUGAUAACGGUGGAUUCUUUUUUCUAUAUGGUUUUGGAGGAACUGGAAAAACAUUUGUUUGGAAUACAUUAUCUGCUACUUUGCGUUCAAGGGGCCUUAUCAUCUUAAAUGUGGCAUCUAGCGGAAUUGCAUCGCUAUUGUUACCUGGAGGUAGAACGGCUCAUUCAACGUUUUCUAUUCCUAUUUCAAUAAAUGAGAUAUCAACCUGUAAUCUUCGUCAAGGUUCCCCAAAAGCUGAAUUAUUGAAAAAAGCAAGCCUAAUUAUUUAG